CUUAUAUCGUCACUGUCAAACAUGCGGAGCUCCUUCCACUUGGCUCGCAGGACUUCAUCGCUGCUGUCGGGCGGACGCCUUGCCUCGACCAUGAGCGGCUCCAAGCAGCCAGGCCGCGUGGUGGUCAUCACGUCAGGCAAGGGCGGUGUGGGCAAGACGACAGUCACGGCCUCCAUGGGCUACGGAUUGGCGCAGCGGGGCUUCCGCACUUGCCUGAUCGAUUUCGACAUCGGCCUGCGCAAUCUAGACCUGCAUCUGGGCUGCGAGCGCCGCGUCAUCUUCGACUUCAUCCACGUGAUCGAGAAGAACUGCCGCCUCAAUCAGGCGCUGAUUAAGGACAAGCGUCUCGAGCGUCUGUCGCUAUUAGCAGCCAGUCAAACGCGCGAUAAGGAGGCGCUAACGGAAGAGGGAGUCGAGGAGGUUUUGGACGAGCUUAGGAGUCAAUUCGACUUCAUUCUAUGCGACUCACCCGCCGGGAUCGAGUCUGGAGCGCGUCACGCCAUGUACUUCGCUGACGACGCCAUUCUCGUGACGAAUCCGGAGAUCUCGAGCUGUCGAGACUCGGACAAGAUGAUCGGCUUUAUUGCCAGCAAGUCUCUGCGUGCCAAGGAAGGCAGAGAACCAGUUAACCAACGCCUGUUGGUUAACCGUUAUGACGCUAACCGCGUUAAGAACGACGACUGCUUAUCAGUGGACGAUAUCGAGGAGAUGCUGGGUCUGCCAGUGUGUGGAGUCAUCCCCGAGAGUGCACACGUGUUGACGUCGUCUAAUAUGGGACAGCCAGUUAUCACUGCUGAGGGGGAGAAAGCUGCUGUCGCCUUUGAAGACGCAGUGGCGCGCUUCUUGGGUGAAGAGCGAGAGAUGAAGUUCCUGGAACCUGAACGUCCUAAGGGACUGUUUGGUCGCAUCUUCUCGUAAGUUACAGAAGGCAAAUAGCAGAAUAAAAAAUAGGCAAAUCAAGCAACACUUCUGCUUAGAAAUCUGGAGUGAAUGCGCUAUCAGCGUCGACUCUUCUCCUUGCUUUUCCCUUUUUUCAGUGCGUACAUCUCUUCUGCCUCCUUUUGCUCUAACUCUAACGCGUUAAGACGCUCCAGCACUGAAGUUACAAACACGAAACAAACACGUUAAAUAAUAUCCAG